ACCAUUUCCGCAAACAGGGUCAGGCCCCGGCGGAGGGGAGGGUCGAGCAGAGCUGCCAGCGGCUCCCAGGUAAUGGUUCGAGUCCCACCGUUUGGGUGUUAAAUGGGACAAACAUUAGUUUAUUUUGAUUGUUGUUCCUUCUUAAGCAACAUAGUUACGUGAUGACGGCCAGUACGGUGAACUACCUGUGGUCUAUCCAGGAUGUCCUGGGCCAAGGAGCUACCGCGAGUGUCUACAAAGCCCGCAACAAGAAAACGGGUGAGCAAGUAGCAGUGAAGGUGUUUAACGCCGCUAGCUACAGUCGCUCCUAUGAGGUCCAGAUGAGGGAGUUUGAGAUGCUGAGAAAACUGAACCAUAACAACAUCGUCCUGCUGUACGCUGUGGAAGAGCUCGCCUCGAAACAAAAGGUGUUGGUGAUGGAGUAUUGCUCGGGAGGCAGCCUGCUGAGUCUACUGGAGGAACCAGAGAAUGCCUUUGGCCUGCCUGAGACCGAGUUCCGCAUUGUGCUGCAGUGUGUGGUGCAGGGGAUGAACCAUCUGCGGGAGAACGGGGUGGUGCACCGGGACAUCAAGCCAGGCAACAUCAUGCGGCAGGUGGGGGACGACGGCCGCUCCGUUUACAAGCUGACCGACUUCGGAGCGGCCCGCGAGCUGAACGACGAGGAGAAGUUUCUCUCCAUCUAUGGAACGGAGGAAUAUCUACACCCAGACAUGUAUGAGCGUGCGGUGCUGCGCAAGCCCCAGCAGAAGGGCUACGGCGUGACCGUGGACCUCUGGAGCAUCGGGGUGACCUUCUACCACGCUGCCGCCGGCAGCCUGCCCUUCAGGCCCUACGGUGGGCCCCGCAAGAACAAGACCACCAUGUACAACAUUACCACAAAGAAGCCUGUGGGAUCCAUAGCAGGACUACAGAGGGAUGAAGACGGACCUAUAGAUUGGGGCUACAACUUUCCCCACAGCUGCCAGCUGUCACAGGGUCUGUCGGGCCAGCUGGUGCCAGUGCUUGCGGGCAUACUGGAGGCGGACCAGGAGCGCUGCUGGAGCUUUGACCAGUUCUUCAUGGCCACCACGGACAUCUUGAAGCGGGAGCCCAUUCACCUCUUCUCCCUGCUGCAGGCCACGGCCUCCUGCAUCUACAUCCACCACCACAACACGGUGUCCAUGUUCCUGGAGGAGGUGGCCUCCCAGACCGGCAUGGCGGUGGAGAGGCAGCAGCUGCUCUACCUGGGCCAUGAGCUCCCCCUGGAGAGCAACAUGAAGGUGGUCAACCUGCCCCCCACCUCUGCCGCCCAGCCCCUGCUGCUGCUGGGCCUGGGGCCCGACACAAACCCCGGCCUCCUCUGCAGAGAGCCGGAGAUCCCUGCCAUCCCCUCCAGGUUUGACAUCAUGGCCGACUACCGCUUCUCCAAGGUGAUGGUGGGAGUGGUCCACCAGUUUGUGAGGACAGUACGCACGCUGCACGCGCAGAGAGAGCUGCUCCUGCAGGGAUACUACAGUUACAUGAUGAAGCUCCGCAGGGACUGUGAGGCAGCCAUGGUCAGCAUCACCAUGGUCACCCUCAGACUGCAGGCCUGCCUCGACUUGGAGCACAAAAUAGGCCAAUACCCUCCAGAGAUACCCAGCCUCAUAGAGAACCACAACAAACUGCAGCUGAUCCGCGAGCACCUGCCCAUGUACGUGGGGGGUGUCCAGCAGUUCCAGAACGAGCUGGAACACCUUCUCAUAGAACAGGCCAAGCUGGCCGAGAGUCUGGCCAACGACAAGAGCCAUCAGAAGAUGAAGAUGCUGCUGGAAAAGAUCUCGGCCAUCCAUCAGAUGUACCGUAAAGACAGACAAACGGGCAAGCUGGGAUACAACGACGAGCAGAUCCACAAGUUUGAAAAGAUCCACCUGUCCACCUGCAUGAAGCGCAUGAAGACUCUGUUCAGAGAAGACAGCGUCAAGAGAUACAAAGAGCUGCUGGCCACCUCCAGCACCUGGAGCAGUGUCUUGGUGGGGAUACAGAGCAGACUGGAUGACUUCAACUCCUUCUCCAACGGCCUGCUGGCAGACCUGGAGGUGUGCAACGGACAUCUGAAUAAGGCUCUGGAUAUAGUCCUUCUCAGCUUCCAACCCAGGAGAGAAGCUCCGGAGCCUGGGGACACUCCUAGAGAAAAGGAACAAAUGGUCUUCAGGAUGCAUCAUCUGAAAGAGGAAAUGGAGAUCCUGGUCCGAGAGCUAGAGUGUAACAACAGCGUCAUAGAAAGUUUAGGAACGGUCAGCCCUGCUUCAGCGUCACUGAAGCCCAGUUCCAGGCCCUGUACACUGUAACCAGCGUUCACUUUGACCCACGCACACAAAUGCACACACACACACACACACACACCAUCAUUGGAUUCCAAAGGAUGGUCUCAUAUUGGUUGCCACUCAGAUGGUUAACAGAGUUGAUAACGACCUGUGUUGUAAAUAAUGCAUCCUAUCGAUAGGUCUUGACGUAAAGAUGGAAAGAGAUGCACACAAACAACUGAUGGAAACAUGAUUUAUAAUUUGGAGAGAGGAUGCUGGGAAUAUGGGAGUGUUUUCUGAGCGGGGUUGUGGUGGUGAGAAGACCUCCACAAAGUGGUUCAAUACAAACCUCAUUAAUGCUUUUAUGCGUAUUAUGGUGAUUGUAAUCGGAUGUCGUAGUGAUUCAGCGCCAUGUAUAGUGGCAGGGUAAAUGCUCAGUCAGAUGUAUGUCGUUUACUAGUUCUUUGAGGGGCUCACUGAGACAGCAUCUGGAAAGCUUUUAAAGAUAAACGAGAUUGAUGUUGAAUAUUUUUGCUGAAAUAAGCAUUGCUUUUCAUCUUAUUAUCUCUCACCCCCUGUUAUUGGAACACUCCUCACAAGGUUUCGUUCUCUCUGAGUCAAUUUAAAAUGUUGCACAUCUCCGGAUGUGAAACAAUCACUUUCCUUGUCAUUGUUACAAAUUGAAUUUACUGAUUGAUUUUUAGCGUACAUUAUCGUGUGUGUGUGUGUGUGUGUGUGUGUGUGUGUGUGUGUGUGUGUGUGUGUGUGUGUGUGUGUGUGUGUGUGUGUGUGUGUG